AUGGUCGAAUCAGCUGCACCUGGCCCAGCCAACCCUGUAGUAUUCUUUGAUGUGGCUCUUGCAGGCGAACCUUUGGGACGUGUAAAAAUGGAGCUCUUCGCCAAUGUGACUCCGCGCACCGCAGAGAAUUUCCGACAGUUCUGUACAGGAGAGAGCAAGAACCCCAAGGGACAGCCUCAAGGCUAUAAAGGGAGCAAAUUUCACCGUGUUAUCAAAGACUUUAUGAUUCAAGGCGGAGACUUUGUCAACGGAGACGGCACAGGAUCCUGCACUAUCUAUGGCACGACCAAGUUCGCAGAUGAAAACUUUGCUUUAACUCAUGAUCGCGAAGGUCUCUUGAGUCUGGCGAACUCGGGUCCGAACACCAAUGGUUGCCAGUUUUUUAUCACAACAACGGCGACACCCUUUUUGAACAAUAAGCAUGUUGUGUUCGGACAGGUGAUCGACGGUAUGGACAUUGUUCAUAUGAUUGAACACACUCGCACUACCAGAGACAAGCCAAACCAGGAUGUCACGAUCGUCCAAUGUGGAGAAAUGUAG